AUGGCCAAGGAGAAACCUACCAGAGCGCCCGCUGAGGCUUCUAAGGCGGAUAAGUCCGCCGCACCAGCAGAAGCCAAAGAUAGCGGCAGGAAGAGGCCACUGUGCAGGUUGUAUUGCAAGGCGGUGUUUGUUGGAUACCGGAGGGGCCUUCGCAACCAGCAUGAGCACACAUCCCUGCUGAAGAUUGAGGGUGUUGAUGCACGCCGUGACACAGGUUUCUACCUUGGGAAGCGUGCUGUCUUCGUCUACACUGCGAACAACAAGACACGGGUGCCUGGCCGCAAGAAGCAGUACUCCAAGGUGCGGGCCAUCUGGGGCAAAACACUGUCGGCCUUCUCGCAUUAA